AUGGCUUCUGUCUCCAUCAACCCAAGAUCGAGAUCGAUCAAAGCUCUCAGUGAGGACGUCUCCUCGCUUUCGGUUUCCUCUCUCAUCCAGAGAGUGGCCGCUAAAAGCAAGUUGAACACUAACAGAGUCAGACUCACCUACCAAAAGGAGAACCGUCAGGUUCCUUUGGACAAUACCAAAUCCUUGUCGGAUUAUUUCAGUGCCCAGGAAUUGCUGGGUGGCAUUGAGUUGUUUGCGAAGGAUUUGGGCCCUCAGAUUGGUUACCAGACCGUGUUUAUCUUGGAAUACCUCGGUCCAAUUUUAAUCCAAGUACUCAUCCACACUUACUUGGUCAAGUACAAGCAGGUGCCCCAGAACCAGACCCAGACGCUUGCCUACUACCUCGUGUUGCUCCAUUUUCUCAAGAGAGAGUACGAGACCGUUUUCGUUCACCGUUUCUCGAAUGCUACCAUGCCCUUGUUCAACUUGUUCAAGAACUCCGGCCAUUACUGGAUCUUGUCAGGACUUUUGUUGUCUGUUUUCGUGUAUGCUCCAGACGUGUCACAAUUGGCUAAUUCUGGACCAGUUUGGAAAUUCUUAUUCCAUGUGAACUCGUUCUCUUCUGUCGUGAACUAUGCAUUAGUGGGUGGAUGGUUGUAUGCUGAAGUGUCCAACUAUCUUUGCCACGUCAAGUUGGCUGGAUUGAGAACAGCGGAUUCCAAGGCAUACGUAAUCCCUAAGGGCUACGGUUUUGACUUGUUGGUCUGUCCCAACUACACUUUCGAGUCAUUGGGCUGGUUGUUCUUCUCCAUUUUAGUGGGCAAUUGGUCUGCUUGGUUGUUCUUUGCUGUAGGUACCGGUCAGAUGUAUCUUUGGGCUGCUGCAAGAAAGAAGAAGUACUUACGUACAUUCGGUGACGACUUCAAGAAGUUGAAGAGGGCUGUCUUUGUUCCUUUCUUGUUGUAA